ACACAUGUGUAUCGUGUAUUCGUGACCUGUCGAUCCUCCUUAUUCCAUAAUAAAAGUGCCGAAGGGGGGCAAAAUGUCCACAUAAACGGUACACUAUAUAUAUAAAAGAUCGUGAAUCCCGAACGGCAGAUUCUUCAAGAAUUGCAUUCGAAUCGCGCGAUGAUUGUCCAAGUGUAAACAUAAUCCUUUUCCCUUCUUUUAAGUUAUGUGUUAUGUAUUUUAAAAAAAUAAUUUAAGUGCUCACACAAUGCUACGAUCUCCAAUAUUUCGUUUCAUUUUCAAAUACACGGUGCUGUGUUCUUUGAUCUUAACUCGCAGCUCGGCGGAUGUAUUGUCGCCAACUCAAAAAGCACCACCAUUCGCGAGAGGAUCCGGGGGUCUGGCGCUUCCAUUGCCACUAGCUGGCAAAGCUCGAGUUCCCGCUAGUCAGCCGCCAGCAGGAAACAAUGCCGUCGAUGGAGUGCAACGGGAAGAAGUCACUUCAUUCAAAAAAGUGGGGGACGAAACAAUUAUCGUUGUUGAGGGAAGUUUAGGGUACAACAGUCCCGAAGGUCUUCCCGUCUCCGUCAAGUUUAAAGCAGAUGAAAACGGAAAUCGGGCUAGUUUCAAAAUUGGAACGGGAUCGCCUGGUAGUGGAGGAAAAGGAUCAGGAGGAGGUGGGAACAAAGGAGGAGGAGGAGGAGGUUCAGGAACAAAUAAAGGAGGCAGCGGAGGUGGAGGAGGUGGAGGAGGACCAAAUAAAGGGGGAGCUGGACCCGGAGGCAGUACUUAUUUACCACCGAAUAAAAAUGGAAAUGGUAAAACGGGAAAUGGAAAAACUGGUAAUGGAAAAACUGGAAAUGGAAAAACGGGAAACGGUAAAACUGGAAACGGUAAAGGAAAUGGAAAAAAGGAAGACAGAACUUAUCUCCCACCUAGUUAAAUUAUCUCAACGCAUCACUGAAAAUUAUCAAUAAAAUUCUUUACCUGAAUUUAUUUUUCUUUUUUUCAAUUUUUUCCCUGAAUUAUCAUUUUCAUAUCAUUUAAAUUUCGUAAUUAGGAAAAUUAUUAAAAUUAU